AUGGUCUUCGAGGGCCGCGAGGAGAACCCCACCCUCCGCGACGGCCUCCUCGAGAUGGACGAGUUCUUCCACGACACCAUCGGCAAGCUCCUCGCCCGCUCCGGCGUCAAGCCGGACGAAAUCGACCUCCUCGUUGUCAACGUCUCGAUGCUCGCCGCUGUCCCUUCCCCCACCUCACGCAUCGUCAACCACUACAAGAUGCGGGACGACAUCAGGACAUUCGAUCUCACCGGUAUGGGAUGCAGCGCCAGCUUGAUCUCCGUAGGCAUUAUGUCGAACACCACGGGGGGGAAGGACGAUUCUUACGCGUGCUGUAUCCAGAAGGAGGACGGACAGGGGAGGCUUGGGUUCCACCUGGUGAAGAAUCUGCCCAAAGCUGCAACCCGGGUGUUCGCCGACAAUCUCAGGGAAAUCUCCCCCAAAAUCCUCCCGGUCAGGGAGCUGGUCCGGUUCGUGGCGGUGUACUCGAUGAGGAAAUUGAAGACCUCGCGGCCGGAUCUGGGGCGAAGAGGGGGAAGCCGCUGGUGA